AAACAUUUGACCAUAUUGCUCCCUCUGCCCGUCACCGCAUCAUGGCGAUGGUCUGGAUUUUCCUGCUUAGGCAUCAGUUUACCGAGGCUGCCCGCGUCCUGGCGGACACUAUUCACAGUUACUCCAUUUCUCCUUCAUGGUUGUGGCGGUUCAAACGAGAUCCUUCCUCUUCCAAGGAAGCCGUGCUCACACGUGAACCGGAGGUGAACCAUGUUCAGCGUCUACAACGACUUUAUGAGGGUCUUGCUAGUUAUGCUCUCUGGUAUGAGGCCAAAGUAGCUACCCCAGACGGGGCCUCACUAACCGCCAAAGCCGAUAAGGCUAUUUAUCGCCUUUCGGAAGUAGACGCCCUGAUUGAGGAUGGUCAUGUCUGCGAUAUCUUUUUGCGUCCAUUCAUCCACGUAAGUUUACUUCCUUUCCCUCGUCUUCGUCGCACGCGGUUGAAGGCUCCUCCCGUUUUUUCACAUUGUUUUGAUAGUGCGGGGCUCACCGUUCUGGGUACGGAACAUGCAUGUUCCGUUUUGCCUCGGAGCGACUGCCUGCGAGAGCUCUAA